AUGGUGCGGCCAUCUUUCAGGAAGACAUGUCACUUCCCUUUGGUGAGCUGCCUGGCAGCCGCUGCCAUGAUCUACGGCUCAGGCGUGUCGUUCACGCCGCCCAUUGCCCCUCUCGCAGGGUGGAGCUGUCGGCAGGUGUCACUGCCACAACGGAGUCGAAUGAGUCGAAUGAAGGCGUUUUUGAAGUACGUGGCCUUUGGUGUGAAUUCUACGGAAUAUUACGUUCAGUCGGAGUGGGGCCAGCACUGGACAUAUUCAAAAUCAUGCGAUGUUCUUUCUACGCGUAAGGAUGGAGGUAAUUCAACCAGAGCACUCUCUAUGGGCUUUGGCCCGUACCAUCAAUAUUACUAUGAGUUUGACAACUGGAAAUAUUGGAAGAUUGGUGACCCAGACAUCAGCAAGAUUGUGAAGGAGAACGCCAUGAAGUUCGUGAGUUUUGGCCCGAAGGGCGCAGUCAUUGUUGUGCUCAAGAGUGGGGCAUACUAUUUCCGCAAUCUUCCGACCGAAUUGCAAGAUUGCAUCACCGGACGGGCACGAAGUGGCAACGAGGAUCACAACCGAAUUGCCUCAGUGUCUCUGGGAAACAAUGAUGCCUACUUUGUCACCUUCGAAGACGGAUGUUGGCAGUACAGCGGCAUCCCGUCCUCCAUGCACAAGUACAUACAGGAACAAGAGAUUAAAAAGAACUAUCGCAACGAGACAUUCGAGCAGAUUGCCUUUUCCCAAGAUUUGGAGGAAUGGUACUUGAGAACGAACAAGAGGUGGUGGUACCAGUCCAGGAAACUUCGCAGUUUGGAAGACACGUACAAAAAGUGAGGACAAAAUGGAUUAAAUGCCAAGCGUUACCAAGCUUCCCUUAGUUUGCGAUCUGAGCGCGGGCUGACCUGAGGCUUGCGGAGAUCAAAUCAUUCCAGCUACGGUGCUGUUAAAACCCCCUUGGGACCAGCAGUGACCAUUUGAG